AUGGCCAUGCCCGAGCCCUCGUCCGUGGAGGCGCUAGCAUCUCUAGUUCUGGCGGUAGAGACCACAGGCGCACCCGACCCUAGUCUCAUUGAUGCCCUGUUCGAGAUGAGCAUUGAUAUCUAUGGCAAUGUGGUGCAGGGAUCAGAACAUGGCGAUGCGUUCCGGUUGAUUCUGCUGCUGUUCCCCUCGCUCUCGCUCUCGUCGCAGCUUGCUGUUCUCGGCAAGUUCGAGCGGCUGGCUGCAACCUCGUUUGCCAACCUCGCCGCGCUGACCGAUGACGAUCUGGGCCUCAUCCCGUUCUUGGUCUCGCUAGCGAGCGGCCAGACAGAGACGGCGGCUACGAGCGAUGCUGGUGCUGGCGGGGCCAUUGCAUCGCUGCUCUCGGCGCUACUGCUGUACGACGUGCGGGUCGCCGACGUCACUGCCCUGCUGCGGGCGCUCAAGCCGACAGCUCGCGGUUUCCGUCCUCCUGGUCGCAACCACGUGCUGGCGACGCUGACAGCGGUCCUUGGAAAGCCGGAGGAUCCGCCGGUGUUUUGGGCCUUUGACGGCCGCGACUCGGGCCUGGUCCUCCCGGAUCUGGCCGGCUGGCCCACUGCUGGCUACUCGGUUGGACUCUGGCUGCGGGUUGAGGAGUUUUUGGGUGGUUCUCGGGUCUUCUCUUUCCUCUCCGACUCGGGCGCUGGCUUUGAGGCAUGCUUUGCAAAGCCUGAUGCUGCCGAAAUCGCCUCGGGCGCCGUCGACGCCAACGGUUUUGUUCUCGUUGUCCGCUCCAUCUCAACAAAGGGCAAGGACAACUACGAAGCCGGUAAGUUUGUGUUCUCGCUGGGCACGUGGUACCAUGUUGUCGUCACCCACCUCUCCAAGACCUUCUCGAGAUCAGCUGUCAACAUUUACGCCAAUGGGGAGCUUGUCGACACGCUGGCGGUCAAGUACCCUUCGCUCAAGCACGUGCCCAUGACCCAGUGCUCGCUGGCAACCAACGUGGCCGCCAUCGGCGCCGGUCGCGCCGCACACUCGCUUCAUGGACAGCUCGGCCCGGGCUACCUUUUUGCGCGGGCUCUCACUGCGUCCGAAGUCGCCCUGCUCUACGCGCUUGGCCCGGCCCGCGUCGUCGCCUUUCCGCUUGCCGGCGAUGCGUCGUCAUCGGGCGCCGCCGCUUCUGCUGCCUGGCCAGCCUCGGGCCUGCCUCCCUCGGGCCUGCUCUUUGCUUUUCACCCGCGCGGCUCUGAGAGCUCCCUCUCCACCACCGUGUACAAUCUCGCCCAGCGGCCGGACACGCUGGUUAACCAGGACGCCCACGGCGCCCUGCUCCGCGGCUCGGAGCUGAUGUCGGGUACGAGGCUGCGCCACGUCUUCAAUGCUGUCGGCGGCCUUAGCCUCCUCCUCCCGCUCUUUGGCCAGCUUGACCUCCCACCGGCUCCGUCGGACGCCUCUGGUGCGCUCGGCCCGCCGCUGACCGAGGUCGACGGCGCCGCCCUCUGGGCCCUCGUCGCCCAGCUUGCCAUCCGCGACCGCUCCGCUCAGCUCGCGCUCGCGACGCCGCCGACCAUGCGCCUUAUUGGCUACCUGCUCACCACCUGCGCUCCGGCCGCGCUGGGCGCCAUCCUCCUUCCCACCCUCCCGGGCCUGCUCGACUUUGCCGCCGCCGCCGCGCCGCCGCUGCGCUUCGAGCUCCUCGACAAGCUCCUGUUGCCGGGCACACUCUGGAGCCACGUGCCCGAUGAUGCCAUGCGCGCCCGCAACGCCCUCAUCUCCGUCCGAGUCAAGGCCUCGCCGGCCUACUUUCGUGCGGCCUUUGGCGUUGGCUACUUUCUCGAUGCCAUUGCUGACGCCUACCUCGACGUCCCGGAGCGGGCGCUUGCCCGCCUCGCCACCAGCUCUGGCGCCGCGCCGCCGCUUGCCCGCUCCCCGGAUAUGCUCCGCGACACUCGUCGUGCCCUGCUCAAGUCAAUCAAGAACAUGGUGGCCGGCGAACAUCUGGACGAGGCCGAGCUCGGCGCCCUGCUCCGCUUCCUCAUCACCGUCAACGACCCCGAGGCACUUGUCGAGGUCCUACAGCUUGUGUUGGUCCUUGUCCUCUCCGGCCCCUCGCUCGCCGAGUGGCUGGUCCCGGUCUCGCCGCCGCCACGUGCACUGGUCGCCCUCUUUGCCACCCUCGAUCGGCUGCUCUCGGCCGAGGCAUCGGUCCGGACCGGCCUUUUUGCGCUCAAGGUGGCGCUAGCGAUCUUUGUGGCACUUGCCCGUGCCUCCUCGCCCAAGAAGCUCGCCCGGUUUGUGGCCGCCACUGGGUUCGGCCCGGCUAUGCUCGAGCCUGCGCUGCGGACCAUGACCUUCUCUCCGCUCGCCUACAACAUCCUCAUGGCUGCCGUUCUCGGUGAUGUCUCGCUCCACCUGCAGGAGACCGCGCUCACGCCCGGCGUUCCAGUUGUCCUCCCGAGCCUCCUCCCGAUGGUCCUGGACCUUGUGGCGCGGUCGACGUCAGCACGAAUCAAGGAGCAGGCGCUGCAGGACCUGCUGCUGCUCGCGCGGUACUCGGCCGAGACCCGCGCGAGCCUCAUCCAAAUGGCCGGAUGGGAGGCCAAACUAGCAGGCGUGGUCAUGGCGUCGGUGCUCAACACGGCUGCGGCGGCUCCCGAGCUCGGCUCUGAGGCUGCAAGCUGUCUUGACGCGAGUGCACUCGCCCGGAACGUGGUAUUUGAGCUCGGCGUCAACGUAUUUUUCCUCCUCCUUCGCGAUGCGCUCGUCGCCAAGGGCGGCGCCCGGGCCGUAGAGCGAUCGUACUCGGCCCUGCUCGCCUUUGCCGCCGCCACCUCGUCGGGACUCGCUCCGACCUUUGUUCACUCGCUCCUAACUGCGCUCUUUAUCAAGCUCCUCUCCAGUGCCACCCAAGCCACCGAGGCGGUUGCGGCCGUUGCGCCCGGUGCAGGCUCGGCAGCGAGCUCGGGUAGCAAUCCGUUUGCUGAGGCCGACCACCAUGUCGCGGUCCAUCCCGGCGCGAGCGCGCUCGGCGUCGAGCUGAGUGGCAAGGCUUUGGCGUCGCUGCGGGAGAACAUGCCCGGCAUGGUGGCGCUGGUUGAGGAGCUGGUCUUUGCCUUUCCGUUUGUGCACAUGGGGUCAAGCGCCACGCCGCCGCCCACCUACGACGGCUCGACUGGUGCGAGCAGCGCGGUUCCGCCACCUACGUACGGCGGCGGGCCGUCACGCUCGCAGCCAGCGCACCGCGCGAGCGACAGCAGCAUUCCGCGUGAUGCCCAGGGUCGCUGGAUCCUGUACGAGGUGGCAUGCGCCGCUGUCGACGCCGCGCUCGCGGUCCUCGUUCCACUUCCGCCCGGAGCUGUGACGACGCCGCCAGUGGCGACGCUCGGCGAGGGCGUGGCCCGCGGGCUGGGCCGGCUACUCGUCGCGGCCAUGCAGCAGGUCGACUUUCAGUUUCCGGAUGACUCGCGGCUGAUGCAGCUGCAGAACGAGCUUCUGACGUCGGCGGUGACGCUCGGCACGCCGGGAGGGAGCGCAUCCAAGUCGACUGCGGUCGCACUGCACGACUACUCCAAGGCCGGCGAGCUCCAUCGCGUGGUGUACUCGCACCUGCGGUCCAAGCUCGCGGCGCGGUCCAAGGAGGCUCGGCGCAAGACGUCGGCCUACGAACGGCUUUUGCGGCAAGGCUUGGUGCUGAUGUGCGGGUGCGGUGAGGCAAGCGCGCUGGCGGCCGGGCGCGUGGCGCCGGCGCCGGCGCUGUCAGGCAUGCGCAAGGGCGUGGUGGCUCAGGCGCUGAGCUUUGCGCUGACUCUCCUUGUGGCGCCGGCGACGGCCUUCCAAGCCGAGGAAGCGAUUCAGGGCGUGACCCAUCAGUUUGCGGUUGGAGUUGCGGCCGUCCACCGCCCGUCACUGGUCUCGCUCGACGUGGACGUGAGGCGGGUAGACUGGCGCGAUGCCCAAGUCUCGGCGCAGGUUGCUGCCUUUUGUGCCGCGGUCGGCGAGGCUGUGGACGCCGCAGGCUUUGAGUACGGCGCCGCGGUGGGCGAGACCCGGCAUGCGGCCAUGCGGACGGUGCAGGCCGAGGCGAGCCAGGCCGAGGCUGUGACGUGGAAGGAAGUCAAGCUUGCGUCGGCGCUGACAAGCGGGUGGCUUGGCGAGGCAAGCGCGCGCGAGGCCCAGCGACGCGCGCUCCACUGCCAUGCGCUAGUGUACGAUGCACGCGACGCGGCCCGGGUGUGGGCGAGCGUGUUCAAAACUCUGACACUAUCGACAGCGUCGUGGGCGGUCCCGCGCUCACUCCGCAAGUUCUCGCUCGACUUGCGCGAGCGCCCCAACCGCGUCCGCAUCCGGCUUGUGCUCGACGAUCAGGUUCCAGACCACUCGCCAGCGCUCAUUUCCAGCCGGACUCAUGGCGGGUCGGGUGGAGGCGACAAUGGGCCUGGAACGAGCUCGGAGGCCGGAGGCGGUGCCGACGACGCGCCGCCGACGUACGAGGCGCUCGAGGGUCUUGUCAUCAACUCGGCGUACGAUCCGGCCACCGGUCUCUCGAGCGGGGACAAGGACUCGCGGGUGUUUGGCGACGACGAGGCCGGGCCGGCCGACGACGACGAGGCCGGCCCGUCGGACGGCGUGCCACAGGCGAGCCGAUUCACUGAAGACUCGCUCGUCCUUGUCCCUGCGCGAGUCAUCACCGGGUUUGUUGAGGUGCCUGGCGAGUUUGAGCUGACCUCGUCGCGGAUGUUCUUUCGGACGGCACACCCUGCGGCAGACGAAGCACUGGCGAGUGCCGUGCCCGAGUACUUGCUUGCGUCUGGGAGCCUGCGCGAUGAGCUUCUCCGCGACCGGGCGUGGGAGAUGGAUGCGCUGGCCAAGGUCCACGGGCGGCGGGUGCUGCUCCGGCCGCGCGGACUCGAGCUGUUCUUUGUGGAUGGCUCCUCAGUGCUGCUCGGCUUUGACACUGAAGGCGACCGCAAGACUAUUAUCCGGGCGGUGAGCAACCUCAAGCCACGCAACCUGGUGGAGGUGCACGCAGUAGCGCCUGCGCUGCUGGCCAAGGCGGCCAAGGUGACCGAGGCGUGGGUGGCGCGGGAGAUCAGCAACUUUGACUACCUGAUGGCGCUCAACACGCUCGCCGGGCGGAGCUACCACGACCUCUCACAGUACCCGGUCUUCCCGUGGGUUCUCGCCGACUACGAGUCUGAGAAGCUAUCGCUUGACGACCAUGCCGUCUAUCGCGACCUGUCCAAGCCGAUUGGGGCACUCGACGCGGAGCGGCUGGCGUACUUUGAGGAGCGGUACGCGUCGCUGGAGGAGGCGGAUCCGUCGGUGCCAGCCUUUCACUACGGCUCGCACUACUCGUCGCCCGGAGUAGUGCUGUACUACCUCGCGCGGCUCGAGCCGUACACCUCGAUGUUUGCGCACUUUAACGGCGGCAAGUUUGACCACGCCGACCGGAUGUUCCACUCGAUGGCGCGGACGUUCUCGGGCGUGCUGCACUCGACGGCAGACGUGAAGGAGCUCAUUCCAGAGUUCUACUACUUGCCGGAGAUGUUCGAGAAUGUGAACGAGGUUGAUUUCGGGGUGCGCCAGGACGGGGUCAGGCUCGACAACGUGAUUCUCCCGCCGUGGGCCGAGACGCCGCAAGAGUUUGUUGCCAUCCACCGGCGGGCGCUCGAGUCCGAGUACGUCUCUCAGCACUUGCACGAGUGGAUCGACCUCAUCUUUGGGUGCAAGCAGUGGGGCGAGGCGGCGGUCGAGGCGCGCAACGUUUUCCACUACAUGACCUACGAGGGCGUGGUGGAUUUGGAGGCGAUCGACGACCCGAUGCAGCUGGCGGCGGCCGAGGCGCAGAUUGCCAACUUUGGGCAGACGCCGUCGCGGCUGUUUGACGGCCCGCAUCCGGCGCGCGGGCCACGGACGGUGGGCCCGGGCCGCGAGCUCGUGCCGCGGGUGAAUCCGGCCAGGCUCUCGUCGUACCUCGGCGACGGGCCUGUGCGGGUGAGCGCGGUGCCGGUGGCGGCGGCGCUCGGGCUAGUGGUGCGGACGCCGUCCGCGCUUCGCGGGACGACGGCUGUCCAGCAAGCGCUGGUGGUGGUCAACGUGGAUCAAGAAGUGGUAGUGGCAGUGGCAGAGCCGCCGUCGAGCGAGCGGGUGGCACCGCAGGUCGUGGUGGCGUCAGAGGCGGCGGUGCCGCUGGGACGGAGCCUUGCGCAGCGGAUCGGCGCCGGCGCCGGUGGGCGGCUCGGGCAGUGCGUAGUGGCUGUUGACGCGCACGCGUUUGCCAACACUCGCACGGUGGCGAGUUCUGCGGCGUUCCCCGCGGUGACGCGGGUGCCGCGGUCGUCGCGGAGCAAGCUCGACGGCUGUCCCGAGGUGGUCAUUUCGUGCGGGCACUGGGACAACACGCUGACGGUGACGGCGAUCAAGGGCGACGGCGGGGCGCGGGUACUGCAGCGGGUGAGCGUGGGCAUGGACUCUGUGAUCCAGUGUGUGGCAGCGUCACGGAGCGGCGGGCUGGUGGCGACCGGAUGCGCGCAGUCGCAGGUGCUAGUGUGGUCGCUGGCACCAGGUGCGCAUCCGUCGGGUGCCAAGCGCGGCACAGUGCUUGCGGCGCAUCCGCACGCGAUGCUGUACGGACAUGAGUCGGGAGUUGUGGCGGUGGCGGUGGAGAGCAGCCUCGAUGCGGUGGUCUCGGGCGCAAGCGACGGACGGGUGCUGAUGCACUCGCUCUCGGACGGCGAGGUGAUGCACGAGCUGGUGGGUGCGGGUGGCGGUGCGGUGGCGUUUGUCGGCCUCUCUGCGCUCUCGCACGCAGUGAGCUACCACGCCGAGACUGGUGCCGUCCGAGUCUUUGCCUACAACGGGGAGCUUCUGUGCGAAGAGGAACUCUCGUCGGGAGCGUCGGCCAUGCUUCUCUCGUGCGAUGGGCGGUACCUGUACCUGGCCAGCGACGAGGGCGAGGUCGAAGUCCGCGCGCUGCCGCUCCUUGAUCUCGUGCAUGUGUACGAUGCGGUGAGCACGGAGAUCGUGAGUGUGGUGGAGGACUCGAGCGGCGAGUACGUGUACGCGGUGGCCAGCGACGGGCGGGUGAUGGUCGGCGGCGUGGCCGAGUGGCAGUAAUGAACUGUAGCGCGCCA